ACUAAGAACAUAAUUAAUGAUUCUGAUUCGCCAAGAUGUAUACAACAUACCAUAUGCACUAUAUUAGGAUUUAUAGAAUUAUGAUAUAUGGUUUAGUUACGUGAUUAAUCUAUGAUCUAGAUAAUAUUAUUUAACUAAGGAGAUGUAAUAACCCUCAAUCCAUCGAGCGUACCUUAGCUCACCCAAUUCGCGGGUACAGGUCCCACGAUCCCGCUCUAGAGCGGCGAAGAGCGAAUUUUCGGGUAUCCGCAAAAAAGUCGCGAAUUACUUAAUCUUGGAGUGCGACUUUCAUUUUGGGGAGCGCGAUUUCUUGGAGAUUCGGCACAAAGAAGACUCCGAGAGGCUAGCGAAAGGCCAGCAAUAGACUGGGAUUGUUCUGCGGUGAGAGCCAGGGGGUAAAAUGUAAAAUUGCAGAAGGAAACAUAUGAAAAACCCAGAUCUACUCCCUUUUGCGGUAUGAGUCUGCGGUGAAUCUUCGCCGCCAACAAGAACCGAGAAGCAGCGGCACUCCUUUGCCCCUUCGUCUCCUUCCUCCAAAUACGUCCAUCUCCUUUCUAUCGUCAUAGCCAUUGCCACCGCCACCAACUGGAGAGAAGUCGAUUGGUUGGCCUUUGAUGGAAAAAUCAAGGUUGCUAAGGAGAACAACGACAUGCAGCAGGUAGGGAUUCGAGUUGUUCUAUAGAGAAGCCAAAGGGAUAGGAUGAGAUGCAUGCAAGGAAGCUUUUUACAUAUUGCAAAUCACUGGUCACAUUGUCCGUCAAUUGUGUUUUUGGUAAAGAAAGAAAACAGAAGAGAAAAGGAGAGGACACGGAGAGAGAGGGAAAAUAAUCGAUAUUCUAGAUCUGGGAGAAAUCAAGACCCACUUUGAAAAGUUUAAAAUAGUUAGUGAAUAAUAAAAGGGAAUCAAUUCCCUAUCGUGACCCAUCGUAUUUUUUCUUAUAACUUUCUUGGUUUUUUUUUGUAUUUUUAAUGGAUUUCAUUAUAAGAAACUAUUAUUUAUAAUAUAUUUUUAUUUGAAGAAUAAUUAAAUAAUAUAAUAUUGGCGCUCUAUUCACGCUCUCAACAUUGAAUUCUUUAAAAAUCGACGCUCUCGCUCCCACUCUACGCUUUGAUUACCUAAAGCGUACCAUAGAAUUUCCAAUGUAUAUACACAUACCAUUGUUUGUUAAAUGUAGCCAAUGAUAAUUGGCUCAUUUGUCAAUGGCACCGGAGGAGCAAGUCAACUUUGUGGCAAAUGCUAGGGUCAACAACCCGUAUAGCAAUACUUAUAACCCCAGAUGGAGGAACCACCCCAACUUUGAUUGGGCAUCACCGGCUAAUCCAAGUCCCUCGGGUUUCCAAGGCCCCACGGGGAACUUCCAACCUUGGCCAACCUUCAUCCAACAUAUUUAAUCUUUCAAUUCUAUGCUUAUAAUUGUCAACCAUUAGGUAAAUUGUUAGCCAAUGAUUUUUGGUCAUUCACUUAUAGCAUUGAAAAUGUCUCGUUACAAAACCAUAGAUCAUAAAUGUCAAAUUAUAUGUUAUGAAAUAAAAUUUUGUAGAGCACUUUUGUAAACAAUCCUUGUAUUCCUAUAAACUACAAAGUCAUGUAACCUAAUAAAUGUAAAGGUUGUAAGACAUACAUAAACUCAAAAUGUAUUAUUUGAUUCUUGGUGAAGAAUUGUGUGAUUAAACUCACUUAGCUGAUUCAUAAAGCUAGGUAUAUCAUUUUUUAUUAUUAAAAGCUAGGUAUAUCAUGAUGAUUCACUUUGUAAAUAAUUACAGUUAUUAAUUAAUUCGAUGAUUGAUUGUUGCGGUGGAUAGUCCUAUGAUUUUGAGAUAUUUCAUUAUUUUCUCUCUUUAAUUCAAAAAUUAUAUAAAAAUUGUUGUAGCCCAGUUGGUUAGGGAUAUUGAUUAUCAAUCUAAAGGACUCAAGUUCGAGUCUUUGUAAUGACAUUUUUUUUAGUAAGAAGAUAUUUAAGUUCUAAGUUGAACUUACAAAUUUACCCAUAACUACAAUUAAUGUGAGUGCAAGGAAUUUGAACUUACACACCCCUCUAUAUAUUGCAGAGGGAUGUGUUGAUAAUACGUCCUUCGCGAUUACACUACUUGUAAUGGAGUUUUGAUUCCAAAUAAUUCGCCUAUUUGGCAGCUGACAGCAACAGUGUCUACAAGAUAUAUAAAGGCAAAACAUGGGUUGGAAUUGCCCCAUUUCAAAUUUCGUGGCGUGAGAGUGAUUCUAGGAAGGUCAUUUUUGUCAUCGCACCCCGUUCAUCUUUAUGUAUUAAAAAUGUUAUCAUUGGAAUUCGAACCUUGGUCCCUUAAAGGAAGAAAGAACAUUAUAACCAGCUAAGCUACAUUAUAUUUACUAUUACUUCUUUGACUAAAUUCUAGGAAUAUGUUUGGUGAUGAUGCUUUUAUAUUUAUAUUUUUAUCUUAAAUUAUUAAUAUUUUAUAGAAAGAGAUUAAUUCUGAAAUUCAAACUCAAGUAACAUUGAUUCAAACAUUAAUAUUAAAUUAUAUGUGUAGUUUAGUUUAGACAAAAUAUAGAAGUGUAACCAAAACAUGGUCCUUUGUGACGAGUAUAGUCAUUUUUUUGUGACACAUCUACACAUAAUAUAAUUAUAAAAUUGAAAAAUGAGAGUCUCAUUUCAAAUUUCGUGGCUUGAGAGUGAUUCUACGAACUACAUUUCGUCAUAGCGGCCAAUUUAUCUCUAUAUUUAUGUGUAGAUUUCCCACAAAAAAUUACUAUAUUUGUCACAAAGAUCCAUGUUUAGGCUACACACAUGCAUUUUGUCCAAACUGAACUACACAAACAAUUUAAUGUUUAAUGUUUGAAUCAAUGUUACUUGAGUUACGAUUUCUCAAUUCAUCACUUUCUAUAAGAUAAAAAAUUUCAGGUAAAAUACCUACUUGGUUGAAGAAUCUCUUCUAUAACAUAUAUUCAAUGUUUUAAGAUUUUUCAUUUCAAAUUUCGUGAAACGAGAGUGAAAGUAAGAAGAGUAUUUUUGUUAUCACAAUUAUUUUUCUACUUCCUAUAAAAAAGUAUCAAUAUCAAGAUUUGAACCAUGGUAUCUUCAACUAAAAACAAUAAUCACAAUCAAUUCCACUAAACAAAUUUGUUUUAUCUUCUUAAAUUAUAAACAUAUACUAAACGAAGAUUUGAAAAGCAUACGACUUUUCCAUAAGGGUUAGCUAGCCUAUUAAAUAUUUUGAAAAUCAAAGUUUAAUACGUCAUUUAUAAUUUUUUAUAACCUAUAAAAUGACGGGUAACUUAAAAUUGCAACAUAAAUUUCAAUGCUUUAAAUAUUGCAUACCGAAUUGCAGUAUUCAUUAUGCAAAAGCGAUGUGAAUUCUUUAAAUUAAUAUAAAUUUUCAGAACUACUAUAAAGCAAUAAUAUUUAUUACAAACUAUAGGUGACUGGUUCUAUAAAUUUUAGUCGGUUUAACUGCUAAACGUUAAACCUCUUGCUAAUCAGGCAUGAAUGGAGCGACAAUAAUGAGACGUUAUUGGGUUUAAUGUGAUGUUCAUUUCUCCAUUUUUGGAUGUGUUCAUCAAUUUAAGGGCAUUAACAUAUAAAUGAGUUAUAAUUAACCUCAUUAUACAAUUUUACUCAUUAUAAUAAUUAAUUUAAUCUUAAUAUUUAUGAUGUUUGAAAUAUUUUAUGUAUGAUUUAAAGGUGUACUUAUUAUUUGUGACAUCAGUAGUAGUUGGUUUAAAUGUAGUAUUUUAUUAGGUAGUCAAAAUCAAAUACUAGAUGCAUUUAUGACUAUUAUUUAUCACGGUGUUGUGAAUAGGUAGAAACUUCAUUAUUAGAAUGCAUGUAACUAUACCCAGGCACAUGAUCGAGCUAGCAUAACACAGUUAGAGCAUACCAUGAAGACAAUGUAUAUGGAUCGAUCCUGUACAAGCAUUAAUGCUUCAUGGGUCAUACUAGACUUAAACUUCAAGGGCUCGCGUUUGGUGAACUCAUGUUUUAUGGAGAAAUACUUCAUUUGAUAAAAAUAAAAUAUUAUAAAAAUAACAUAUAAAAUUUGAAUUAAUGAGUGGUUUUUCACAUCAACGUAUGACAGCUCAGAUUCUAAAAGAUCUAUAAAAUACAUUAAUUGUUUAUUUUGAGACUAAAACCUUUUUCAAUGUAUACAACUAAACACUCAUUUAUAAAAUAAUUUUUGAUUAACUUCAUAGCUGAAAAGUCUUUUUUACAGCUUACAGUUAUAACAAACAACGUCAACAAUAAAUUUAGAAGCAUGUAAAGUGAAGAAGAAAUUGAGAUUUAGUAUUUUUUUUGCAAAUGUGUGCGUGUGUUUGGGGGAGGGGAGACUUUUAUUGUCUAAAAAAAUUGAGGAAGGGUUGAAACUCAUAUAUCAUUUGUUUGAAUAUUGCAUAUUGAAUUUGAGUAUUGAACAUUUGAAGCGAUAUAUAAUUCUUAAAUUAGUAUUAAUUUUCAGCCCAGUUGACCAAUAGCCUUAGACCUUUUGCUCAUAUCAUAUAGAUCCAAUAAUCAUAAGAUGAGAUUUAUUUUGAUAUGCAGAUUCAAAAUCAUUUUUUUUGUAUAAUGAAUUUGUAUGACAAAUAUAUGUAAAUAAGUGAAGAUGAACCUGAUUAUGUAUUUUAAUUCUUUAGAUAAAUAAAAUGGUUUAAGCGAUGAACUAACUAUACACUCACUCGAUUGGUUUAACGAGUUCUGUUUUUUUUAUCACUUUUAGUAAUUAGUUUAUUCACAAGCUAUCAAACUAAUUUGCUCCAUCAAGAUUGUUCACCAAGUUUUAGGUGCUUUGAUUCACACUAUCGUCUCUGAAUGGAGAAGAAUCAUUUCGAACUCGAAAUUGGAGAAGUAUUUGGGAUGUUUCUAGAUUUCUAUCGGUUAUGGGAAGAAAGAGGAAGGGAAAGGGGGAGAGUGGUGAGAUACAAAGCUCACAGAGAGAUGGAAGAACAAACAGAAAAACAAAGAGGAAGGCUAAGAGAGAGUGAGAGACCACGCUUAAAAGAGGGGGGAAAUGAGAUAGUGCCCUUCUGCUUUGCUUAGUGGGUAUUCUUGGCCAUCUUCUUUUGAGUUUUGAUUUAUGUUAGAAGAAGACAUUAUAUUUGAUAGAUUUUUUUCAUUUCAAUUUCAAUUUAAAAUCCUAAAUUAAUAUGAUCAUUUUGAUGAUUUUUUCCUUAAUACGAUUAUGGUAAUUUCUUAGGUUUAAGGGAUAUUUGAUAUGUCAAUAUUUUAGUGGUUUUUUAUUUAAAGUUUGAAUUGAAAGAUCGUAUAUACCUGCGGUUCGACAAUAAAACAUCAAACCAUAGGCUAAAUGGAUAGGUGAACUUUAGCAAUAUGAAACCGUUGAACCAAUGUUAAAUUAUGACUUCAGUAUAAAAUACUCUACUACCAAAUUUUUGGAGACGAUUUUAUAAUCUUUUGGUUCCAACAAUUCUUUUACAUUGGUGGAAACAAAAGUUUUAAGAUGAUGCAAUCUCAUUCAACCCAAAAGACACUUUACAACUUCUAUAUUUUUAAAAUAAUGUAUGAUUCUCAUACACCUGCUCAUUCAUCAACUUAAUGAGUAACAUAUAUUUUAUGUAAUAUGAAUUUUAUAGGUUUUUAUUUAUUGAAUUAUUUCAUUAAAAAAUUAUUUGUUGCAUGAAAAUUACUACAUUGUUGCUAAACAUGUCUGCGAUAUGAGAAUAAUUUGGUAAGUCCAUACACAACACAUUUUCCAGCUAACUAUUAGCGACUAGUUAGCAUCAUGUCCUAUAUAUUUUAAAACAAGGAACUUCAGAUUCAUUACCAACUGUGUGGUAAAAAAAUGCUCUAUAUUGGGAAAAACCUAAAGGACAUACUAUACUCUAUGAGAGACAUUUUGUUUCAUCAUAAAGGUUGAUUAUGUAUGUAUUAUGAGAAACAACUCUAAUAUUCAACUAUAUUGUUUAAUUAAACAAUAAAUGAUAAUUAGUUAUAUUUAUUUCUUUUUUCAUUCAAUAAUUAUAUGUAAUACUUAUAUUAUAUAUUUUUCUCUCUUUUCAUGGAGGUCUAAACACAUUAUGCAUAGUUGGAUCACUUUGAAAAAUGUCAUGUGCAUAUAACUAAGGUAGAAAACAAUCAUUUCAUGCACUUCAAAUCAUCUAUUAUAUCCAUUAUUAUAUAUAACAUUACUCGAUGAAAUUUUUUCGAUCAACGGGCCGGAUCAUGUGUUAGUAUUGGAAACACGAGUAAAACAAAAUGAUAGGAGCGAGAAGUGCUUCAUUGUUGGUGUGCAUUGAAAGCAUUACCGGAUCAAGUCUUGUUAUUAGUCAGUCAUGAAUGCCUCUGUCAAAGCAUUGUCGCUUCCUCGUGAAGAUUCUUUCAUUUCAACUGCGCAACUAUUUAUUACUUUGUUCUCUCUUCUCAAUAUCUAGUUUUGCCUUCGCUAUCACUAUCGGCAUUCAAACAACAUCAUCGGUGAGACUGUGGCCACCGACCUAACUGACUCCCAUUGCCCCUUCCUUAUCAUUAAUCAUGUCCACUAAUUGUGCUUAUUAAAAGCCUGCUGGGUUAUGUCAAACGCUUGUUUAAUUGUGCAGUCCAAACAACAGUUUAAAAAUCAUGGAUGCCGCCAUCUUUUAAUAUUAAAGUCCACUUAGUGCGAAAACGGAAAAUCAUGCUAUACUUUCAACACUUCUCCAAGCUGAUGGGAGUCAGUAGCUUAAAAAAAAAUAAAAAAAUAAAGGAGCCAAUGGCUCAAUAGUCUCUAGAAUUUCAUUUUUCCUUCAUAAACAAGAGGAAUUUAUGUACUCAGCAAGUCACAACAUCGAUCAAGAAACUAACAAUUGGGUACCUCGAAAACUGGGGAAAUUGUUGGUGGCGGUGGUCGUUCAGGGGCGGAGUAAGGAUUUAAAGUUCGGGGGCCGAAAUAACUUUGUACAUUAUCAUCAAAAUGAAAGAAAAAAAGGUAAUGUAUAUAAGUAUAUAACAAUAUAACAUUAAUUAAAAUAAUUGAAAGCACUCGAAAUAGAAUUAAUUUAAAGUUUUCAAGUAUGCUAUGCUCAAAGUAAAUGAUUAGAUUACCAGGAUCGAACCAGUGACCUUUUAGCUGCAUGUAGGUAUCACCUACGCUAGGCUGUAAAUCUUCCUUUUAACAAUUUUCAAUCGAAUUCUAUCUAUAUUUACAUUAGUUUAUACGUAACUUUUGGAAUUUUCUACGACUUUAUACGUAAGUUUUAAAAUUCUCGGGGGAGGGGGCUACGUAGCUCCGCCCCUGGGUGGUUGGCAGGAGUCGUUGUUGUUCGUUGCUGUAAUAUAGUGCGUCGCGGUGGUGCUGAUCUUCCCCGUCGCCGUCGCCGUCUUCUUCUCCAACAUUGUUUCGGUUUGCUGGAUGAACAUGAUCAUAUAAACCCAAAAUAAUUAACAACAAUGCAAAGCUGCUCUUCCUAUAUAAAUAGUUUAUUUUUUGUGUUUGUUUCUCUUCUUCUUCCAACCGAACUCACUCCAGGACAAUUCCCUAGUUCCGGCGACAAACGAAUCUUAAGGUGUAUCGCCGCAAUUUCUUGGCAUCUAUAAAAUUCGGUAUUGUUUGUAUAACUCUUGUACUCUAUUGAUAUCACUCGAAAAUAAAAAUAAAAAAUCAAAUUCGGUAUUGUGCUGAAAUCCCCAUCUGUAGGCUAGAGCUAUAUGGGAUCUCGUUCUCAAUUCGCCGUGUUGAGGAUAUUAAUUAUUUAGUCAAAAAUAAUUAAUUCCUUGUCAUUGAAGUCACUUGUUUCCUUGUCAUUGUCAAAGAAGGAAACUUGGUUGUCAUUAGGGUUUUAACCCUAAGUCUCUCUAUAUAAGCUUAGCUACGAGAUUGUCGUAAGCAAGCCGUCACAAUGUAGUCCAUAAUAAAAUAUCAUUCAUGAGCUCUUCCGAGCUCACCGUGGAUUAGUCUCGAUCAAGAAGAUAUUAAUUAGUCAAAAAUAAUUAAUUCCUUGUCAUGAAGUCACUUGUUUCCUUGUCAUUGUCAAAGAAGGAAACUUGGUUGUCCUUAGGGUUUUAACCCUAAGUCUCUCUAUAUAAGCUUAGCUACGAGAUUGUCGUAAGCAAGCCGUCACAAUGUAGUCUUAUAAUAAAAUCGUCAGCCGUGAGCUCGUUCCGAGCUCACCGUGGAUUAGUCUCGAUCAAUCAAUCGAUCGAGGAUACCACGUAAAAUCGUUGUCUCGUUUGUUGUUUCGUCUUCCUCAUCAUCAAAUUCUUCAUGGUAUCAGAGCAAACCUCGAUCUACCAGGGUAUUGCAAUCUUUCGCAGUCUCUUUCCCAGAUCAACCUACGUCUAUUUCCGCCGCCAUGAGUACCGAGGGAAUUGCCCAUAGCUGGUCCAAUGCAAUUCCCGUCCGGAUCGUCACUUGUCUCCUGCUGCUCGGAUGUUCUUCGUCUCAACGAAGCUUUCCGCAUCCCAAGUCCUAUUCAUCGAAGACAGACGAGGUGCAGCAAGCAAAGUCCCUCCCGCCGUUGCGUCUUGCUUCCUCGUCGCAGCCGAUGUCCACUCUGGCUUCGACUCCGUACCGUCGCCGUCGCUUACAUGACGAGAUCUCUAGAUCUGCCGUCAAAUCCAGCCGAUGCACCAAGUCUCCUACCGAUUUCAGUCAUGAUCAAUGGUCACCGAAGGUCUGGUCACCAUGUCCCUGUCACCGUCGAGUCUGCUCAUCGCCGCCAAGAACUUCCCCUCGAGGUCGCCUCACAACCGCCGUCCAAACAGGCAAUCAGGUAUCAUCUGGUGUAAUCUAAAGUUCGCAUCAAGGAGUUUCAUCAUUUGUCAAGGCUCGUGUCGUUGCCGUUCAGCUCCUCGUCACCAGGUCAAAGUGUGUGUUUGAGAUUUGAGUCCAUGCUUUAGUCCACGAAUCAAGCCAUGUCCGCCAUCCGUAGUCCAGUUACGUCAAAGCUUCGGUCGGCCUCACUAGGUUUGUCUCGUUUCAAUUUGUCUCGUUCGCCGGCCAGUCCACAAUGCCAGUAGAGUUUUAGUGGGACACUUGCAUAGCUAGAGAAGGAGACAUCAAGUAAAAUAAACCAAUGUGU